AUGAUAGAAGAUUUUAAACGACAUCGUGCAGAUGAUGCCACAAACAACAGCAAAACAAAAGUCCUCCGUGGUCGUGAUUGGGUAGAAAUCUUGUGGAAAGAUCUUCAAGUUGGAGACUUGGUCAAAGUUUGCAACAACCAAGGAAUUCCAGCCGAUCUUGUUCUAUUGGCUUCCAGCGAACCACAGGCGAUGUGUUACAUUGAGACAAGACUGGCUGUCUACACCGGACGGGAGUCCAAAGUAAUGCUGAAUUCAACAUCUCCACCACUCAAACGGUCCUCGGUCGAACUGCAAACGAACACUUACGAUUUGGAUAUGUAUGAUCCGGAUUCGGAUACCCCAGCCAUGGCUCGAACUUCCAAUCUGAACGAGGAAUUGGGUCAG